ACAGUGACGCCAGGGGGGUAAAAAUAUGCUCCGACAGUUUUUCUUUUGUCAUCAAAGACGGCCAGCGCGUUGGCUAACCUCUUCUCUCUGAGCUUUUAAUCGGUGUCAGAUUAAUGAAGAGCCGGGCAGAGCCGACAGGGAGCUAGCUGAGCGCUAAAUAACGGGACGUUGUCGGGUAACCCCGCGAGCAAGGUCCUUGCUUCUAGCUUGUAAAGAUACUUUUACAGUAGCUCGAGCUAAUCCCGCAGCGUUCACCGUUGGCUUCACUGCGGCUUGUCGUACACCUAAAUAUGGCAACAUAAAUUACAUCCUUAAGACGAGUGAUAGUUGCAGGUUUUCUUAAUGGUGAGCCGUGAACCUUUGCAAACCAGAGCUUCCUUCAGAGCCCACUGGACCAGACCCACACAGCAGACUAGGGUGCAAUAAAGGCAUCGGUUUAAAACACACUGAACGUUUUUAAAGAUGACCACUUCAUGGAGCGACCGACUGCAGAACUAUGCAGACUUGCCUGCCAACAUGGACGGCCUGGCAAUGAAGAAAUACAGAAGGGAGCCCUACCACAGAGUCUUUGUGAACAGAAGUUUGGCUAUGGAGAAGAUUAAGUGCUUUGGCUUUGAUAUGGAUUACACUUUGGCAGUGUAUAAGUCACCAGAGUACGAGUCGUUAGGCUUUGAGCUGACCGUGGAACGUCUGGUUUCCAUCGGUUACCCACAGGAGCUGCUCAGCUUCGUCUACGAUCCAUCGUUUCCCACCAGAGGCCUUGUGUUUGACACCAUGUAUGGGAACUUGCUGAAGGUUGAUGCCUAUGGUAAUAUCCUAGUCUGUGUCCAUGGAUUUAACUUCCUUCGAGGCCCAGAGAUCCGUGAGCGAUACCCAAACAAGUUCAUCCAGAGAGAUGAUACAGAGCGUUUCUAUAUCCUUAACACACUCUUCAACUUGCCAGAGACCUACCUCUUCGCUUGCCUUGUGGAUUUCUUCUCCAACUGUGACAGAUACACAAGCUGUGAAACUGGUUUCAAAGACGGCGACCUCUUCAUGUCCUACAAGAGUAUGUUCCAGGAUGUCCGCGACGCUGUCGACUGGGUCCACUUCAAGGGUACACUGAAGGAGAAGACUGUUGAGAACUUGGAGAAAUAUGUGGUGAAAGAUGGAAAGCUGCCUCUUCUUCUCAGCCGAAUGAAUGAAGUAGCCAAGGUUUUCUUGGCUACCAACAGUGACUACAAAUACACUGAUAAAAUCAUGACUUACCUGUUUAACUUCCCUCAUGGCCCAAAGCCUGGCACAUCCCACCGGCCCUGGCAGUCCUACUUCGAUCUGAUCCUGGUAGAUGCCAGGAAACCAGUGUUCUUUGGGGAGGGUACAGUGCUCAGACAAGUCGACACGACAACAGGACGUCUAAAGAUAGGAACCUACACAGGACCUCUGCAACAUGGCAUAGUCUACUCCGGGGGUUCCUCAGACAUCGUGUGUGACUUGCUGGGGGCCAAGGGGAAGGACAUAGUGUACAUUGGGGAUCACAUCUUUGGAGACAUCCUCAAGUCCAAGAAACGUCAAGGCUGGAGAACGUUCCUGGUCAUACCUGAGCUGGCCCAGGAGCUGCACGUGUGGACCGACAAGAGCUCGUUAUUCGAGGAACUGCAAGGCCUGGACAUUUUCUUGGCUGAACUCUACAAACAUCUGGACAGCAGCAGUAAUGAGAGGCCAGACAUCAGCACUAUUCAGAGAAGAGUCAAGAAAGUGACACACGACAUGGACAUGUGUUACGGCAUGAUGGGCAGCCUUUUCCGCAGCGGCUCCAGACAGACUCUGUUUGCCUCCCAGGUCAUGCGUUACGCCGACCUGUACGCAGCCUCCUUCAUCAACCUGCUGUACUACCCCUUCAGUUACCUCUUCAGAGCUGCACACGUGCUGAUGCCUCACGAGUCGACGGUGGAACACACUCACGUGGACAUCGACACAGAGUCCCCGCUGGCCACGCGCAACCGUAGCCAGUGCAGCGACUGCAAGGACCUGGAUUGCAAACGCAACCAGCUGACCCGCUCCUUCAGCGAGAUCAAACCUCCCAACUUGUUCCCCACGACUCCACAGGAGAUAACUCACUGCCACGAUGAGGACGAUGACGAGGAGGAGGAGGAGGAGGAGGAGGAGGAGGAGGAGGAGGAGGAGGAGGAGGAGUAAUAAUAAGCUGGAGCUGGAGAGGAUGCGCCGGUUCUUGCCUUCUUAUUUUUCCCAGUAGGGUCGGAUCGUGAUCUCUCUCAAAGCGAGGCAGCAAGGGAAUGUAUGUCUGUGUGUGUGUGUGUGUAUAAAUAAGUCACAACUUUACACACACGCACACACACACCCACAGUGGAGGAAAACAUAAAGGACCAGUAUGAGAAGAGAUCAUUCGACUGUCACAUGACUGUAAGCAUGCUCGGCCCUCCACACUCUUAUGAGUUUCAUCUCAUAAACCCUUUCUGUUUUUUUAAUUGAUUUGAUUUCUGUAUUCUUUUUUUUUUUUCAAACCGGGCAGACAGAACACGCACUCGAGCGCACACACUAAUCCUUGUCCUGUUUUGUACACUGACUCUUAAGGUGGAUUGAAUAGCAGUAGUCGUGUUUGCUCUCUAACCCACAGCCGUUUUAACUGAAACACAGAGGGGCGCACAUGAUAUCGAAGGAAGGAAAAAAAAAACACUUCAGCUUCUGAGCUGGAAAAAAAAACAUGCACGUAUUAGAGUUUAUUGUUUUAAUUUUUUUUUCUGCAACGUGGGAACAACAUUUAGUUUUUAAUGGGUUUGGUUCCAUUUUCUUGUCUUCGCAGUAACUUGUAUGUGAGGGGGCGUGUCUCUGUGUGCGUCCCGAGGACACACUGAUGUUCUGAAGCACAAGCUUUCCUUGAGCACAUCACAUUUGUUUGAAUUUGGUUGAGAGAACGUGUCGCGGUACAUGACAGAGAAGAUGAUAUUUUAUUACCGAGCAACAAUGAGGACUUAGUACUGUACCCUGCGUGUCUCUGUGACAACCUUGGCCUACAGUAGUGUUUCUGUAUAUAGCUACAAGCUGAAUGGCUUUAUUUUUUUGCCAUGUGAACGAGUUCAGGCUAACAUGCAGUAUUUUUUCAGCUUGGGAGAUGAAACUUGAGUAUUGCCAGUGUAGUGGGGCGGGUGUACAGAACAAUGACGUUUAAGCCAGUUCGUGCAACUUUUGAUUUUUGUGACUUUUAUGAAGUGAGAUCAUGAACGUGGCCUCUGUACGGAAAGAUUUUUUAUUUUUUUUCAACGGCUCCUGUCGGUAACGUUGAUCAUUUUGCAUCACCCGUGGGAGCAAACAUGCAGACACACACUAUUCUUUUAACACUGUGAAGUGUAUACUGUUAGUUCAAGCUGCGUAACCAGUUCACAACUGGAUGGAGAGCUCCAGUCUUUAGUUCUCUGUAUUUGCUUUGCUUUGCAGCCCCUUCACAUUGAGUUCCCAUGCGUCGUUUUAGUGGUAUUUAUUGAGACUGCAACUCUCAACAACUCAGCUGUCUGUUUUUAGACGAAUACGUUUGGAUAAAAAAUCCAAAUAAAAAAAAAAAAAAAGAGGCUUUCAUUUUUAACUCGCACUUAUUUGAGGUCUGUCUCUUCGUGCCCUGUUCUUCUGCAGCGCCGCCACGCUGCUCUGGGUUCAUUUGAAAUGCUGAAACCGGAUUUAAUUGAAUUAAAUCCUCACUCUCCUGCUUCAGACCUGUAGUGAAAAGCACAACGACGAAGCUGCUGGAGAAAACGGUGCCGCUCUGUUGGUUUGCAGAAAACAAAGAGCGGUGCCUGAAUGUCCCCUCAGAUCCGCAUCCCGUACGUUAACCUUCCUCACCAUGCUGAGCGUCAUCGUGUUGUCUUGUGAGUGUUGGACCGGCCUCUCCGUGGAGGCCAACAAAAGGGAAGGAAUAUGCCGUCUACUUUAUGCAACGUUUCAGUUUUGCUUUCGUGAAUGGAACUUUAUGCGACGAUUCUUGCGAUAAAACUAUCUCAGACGCUGAGAAACUUUUUUUUAAAAAAAAAACUGACAUUCUCUCUUCUGGUUUUUGUUUCUUGAACGUAGAAUAACAACUGGAUGUGCCACACGAGGCAGCUGCACUGCUAAUCUGUAAAAGCCGGCUGUCUUUGCAUCACUUGCAUGUGAAAGUAACAAAAAUAUGCAUUGUGCCACGGCAGUUACGGUAGCAUUGGUUUGACUUCUACGACAUUUGUCGGUGUAGUUUACACAGGGAGAAAAAAAAACUGCAAAUCUGUAAAAAAUGAUAUCUUAAAACGACGGGGAGGCGUGAAUAGCAUGUUCAGUUCCAUGUAAUUGUGAUCAAUGCCAUGGGGUUAUUAUUUUUCUAAGCUCGUGUUUUUAAGUGGUCUCGGUUUACAGAACUGUAAAUAGACCUUUCCAUUUCCUUUUCUUAUCUUUUUUCUUCUUCUUUUUUUUUUUUCCAAAUUUUCUUAUUGUUCAUUUUUAUACCGCACCGGCGAAGCCUGUCACUCGGACUCUGAACUGACUGAAGCCUGGUGAGCAGGUCGCAGGGCUUUAGGAGAUUUCUGUCCGUCGUUGUGAUGCCCAGUUUGCAUCAAGAGGUGCAAAAAAAAAAAAAAGAAAAAAAUCAUUUUCAUUCAUUUUCUAAACCACAGUUAUCCGUUGUUUUUAUGCAUAUCAGUUUAUGUUCCUCUGUGUUUUGUUUGUUUCCAGAAAUGAUUCUUCAGACUGUAAAUUGAAGUAUGUGACAAAAAUGUAGAAUAAAGAUAGUUUCUAAUA